CGACUAUGGAUUGCGCACAUGGGUGGGGGUGGAAUUUUUUUCCAACAUAUGAAUAACAAUUUUUUUAAAAUAUACGAAUUGAUAAAGAGUGGGGAUUACUCGGGAUGGCGGGGUAUGCGUCACACUCUAGAUUAGAUUGAAGAGUGCACCUGGGGCAUCUUUAGUCAGUGCUUUAGAGGCCACGAAGCAAUUUCUAGGAUAGACGAACGACGCUCGCGACGACGCGCUGCGACGCACACGACAAAAAAAUACACAAUACGACACCACGCGCCAUUUUGCCAUUUUCUGUGUGUGCAGUGAAGUGAAGUGCUACUAAAAUCUUCCAAAUUUAACCCUUCUAAGAAGUAAGUGCAUGUGCGUGCCUUUAGUGCAGUUCACUUGUGCUCUCGCGAAACUACCCUCUGGAUACCAGCGGACUGAGGAUGUCCUACUAAAACCACCGAUUUGACGUGUCUGGAUUGCACUACAGACAUCCAGUACGUUCUAAAAGUGAACUAACGUACGUUACAUUAACCUCUUUAGCGCUUUUGACGCGGUCAAAUGGAUUUCGUAUAACUCUACUAAUAGUACGAAAAACAAUCCGAUUAACUGCUAUUGGUUUGUUACUAACCAUCAUAGAGUGAACAUCUAAGAGGGCCGAUUUCAUGUCAUCUAUAUCGAAGUAAAAGAGCAAUAGCAUGGGAGUGGCAGAGGAUUUCGCUCCCAGCUUCACGCAAAAGCCUCAAUUGAGGCAGGAGGACGAUGGAAACAAACUUAUUUUCGAAUGCCAGUUACUGGCAGCUCCGAAACCGGAAAUCGAAUGGUUUCGAAGCGAUAUACCACUUUCAGAAGAUAGUAGGACUAAUUUCAAAAUUCAAUCCAUAGGCACAAACAAAUUUUUAGUAGUACUCGAAUUAGAUGAUGUUAUUGAAACCGACGCCGGCCUUUACAAGGUCAAAGCGAAAAAUACCAUGGGGGAAAUUGCAGCCUCUAUCAAUCUCAACUUCAGCCCCAUGGACGAACCAAAAGAAAAACAAAUAGACGGCCUAGCACCCACUUUUGCGAAGAAACCAGCAAUUCGCCAAGAAGAUGAUGGCAAAAAAUUAUUAUUCGAAUGUAGGAUACAGGCCGAUCCCCGUCCAACAGUCAGUUGGUCCCACAAUGGCAACGCUGUUAGCGAAGGUCCACGUCACAAGUUGAGGAUAGAUAAAGACGGCCAUUCAUAUUUUGCGACCCUUGAAAUAAUCGAUGUCACGGUAGAGGAUGCUGGCAAAUACAAGGUGACCGCAAAAAAUGACUUGGGAGAAAGUAACGCCACAAUCAGCCUCAACUUUGACAGUAAGUUCCACGGAAAGGAAGAAAUCAAACAGAAUAGUCGGUACUCGAUGUCUAUGGAAGUCGAUGAGAAGAUCUACUACCUGGCACAACUGCAAAUAGCCAACGUCAAAAGAAAUGAUCGUGGAGAGUACCGCGCCGUUGCGAAAAAUCGAUUUGGUCAAGGCGUCGCUACCAUCAACUUAAAUUUCGAGGGUAUAGAAAAACCCAAAAUACCCGACGGAAAGGCGCCGAGGUUUCCCAAAAAGCCAACCAUCAGACAAGAAGGCGAUGUCCUCAUCAUGGAGUGUCUUCUUGAGGCACAUCCCGACCCCGAUAUAACGUGGUUUCAGAGCGAGAAGAGCAUCGCGGAUAGCCCGCGAGUACGCAUGCUCCGAAAAACCACUUGUAAAGACACUUAUCUUCUCACUUUAGAGAUCGCAAAUCCCACUCGCGAAGAUGGCGGACAUUAUAGAUGUAACGCUUUCAAUGAAUUUGGUGAAAGCAAUGCAAAUAUUGCAUUGAACUUCCAAGGUGGAGAUAGCGCUGAUGGCUUUGCGCCUUCUUUCCUUGAGAAACCCAAAAUCAUACCUAAUGAGAGUGGCACUCUCAUUACUAUGAAAUGUAAAUGCAAAGCUAAACCUAAACCUGACGUCACGUGGUUCCGCGGAACCACCGCCGUCAAGGAAUCUUCCAAAAUUAAAAUCCAGAUCGUUGAUCUCGAAGAAGACAAGUUCGAAUUGUCCUUAGAAAUCAAGGAUCCAUCGGCAGCUGAUGGGGGUACUUACAGAUGCCAUGUAAAGAACGAAUACGGAGAAAGCAACGCAAAUCUGAACUUAAAUAUCGAAGCAGAACCAGAACCAGAAGGAGAAGGACCAACGUUUGUCGAAAAACCCAGGAUAACCUCACACGAUGGAGGCAAACUCGUUGUCAUGGAGUGUAAAGUUCGUGCUAAUCCUAAACCCACCAUAGUUUGGUACAGAGAAAGCAAAGAAGUCACAGAAUCAUCCAAAAUUAAGAUCAGUAUUAAACAGACCGAAGAAGAUAUAUAUUACGUCAAACUGGAACUAAAUGAUCCGGGAAUUGACGACUCUGGCUUGUACAAAUGCAAUAUAAGGAACACGCUUGGUGAACUCAACGCCAACCUCACCUUAAACAUCGAAAUUAUUCCUGUUAUCAAGGAAAAACCCAAAGUUAUUAAAAUCGUUAAGAAGAAAACUGUUAUUGUUGAAUGUAAAGUUCUCAGUAAGUUUGCACCUGAUUGUACAUGGUUUAAGGAGAGUGAAGCCGUUAAAGAGGAUUCCAGACAUACCGUUCACGUCGACCAAGUUAAAGACGGCGAAUUUACUGUUAAACUCGAAAUUAAUGAGGUUGAAAAAAGAGACAAAGGUAUGUACAAAUUAGUUGCUAAAAACGAAAAAGGUGAAGCAACUUCACAAGUUGUUGAAGUCACUGAGUUACCUCCAGAUGAAAAACCCAAAGGAGACAAGCCAAAAUUGACCAAACUAACCAAUAUCGUUACUGACGAAGGAAAAUCAGUUGAUUUUAUAACUUCUCUCAAAAUAGAAGACAAAACAGUCAAAAUCACAUGGUACAAGAACACCACUGUGAUAACCGAAUCUUCAGAAAUCAGAAUAUCUUUUGAUGGCACUGUGACGCGACUUAGCAUUAAUAAAUGUAAAGUAUCACAUUCCGCUACAUACAAGUGUGUUGCCAAAAACGAAUUUGGCGAAGACGAAAUAAGCGCUACACUAAAAGUAAACGAAGCUAAAGAGGAAGAUGAAGAAGAAGAAGAAUCAGAAGAGGAGGUUAUUGAAGAAAAGAUAGAGGAAAAGAAAGAAGAAAAGAAAGAAGAAAAACAGGAAAAGAAAGUUGAAGAGAAAAAAGAAGAAAAAAAGGUAGAAAAGAGAGAAGAGAAGGUUGAAAAGAAAGUAGAAAAGAAAGAGGAAAAGAAAGAGGAAAAGAAAACAGAAGAAAAGAAAGCUGUUAAAAAGAUAGAAAAGAAAGAGGAAAGAAAAGAAGAGGAGAAAAUUUUAAUUAAGAAGGACGAAGAAAAGAAAAAAGACGAAAAGAUUGUGGCCAAAAAGGAAGAGAUAACCAAAGAUACCAAAAAAUUGGAAACCACAAAAGAAGUGAAAACCCCUGACACACCACUCAAUCACAUUGAAGAUAGUUUCCAACAAGCUACGGAUACUAAAAAGGUACCAGAAUCCAAACCUGAAGACAAACCCAAGCCAGAACCCACCAAAACACGAGUAGAAGAGAAAACCAAAAUUGAGAUUAAAAAAGAGGUCGAAAAGAAAUUGGAAAAACCAAAAGAGCCAGAACCAGAAAAGCCUAAACCGAAAAGUGACAAAUUAGCGCCACUUAAAACUGCCACUAGAAAAUCCCUUACACCUGAACCCGAGAAGUCCAAACUUCAGGAACAAAAGGUAUCUCCAACAAAAACCCCUACACGGAAAUCCUUAACUCCUGAUCCUGAGAAACCACAAGACAAAACCAAACCAACAGAUGAACCUUUAAGUCCUCCAAAAUCUCUUACACCAGAAUCAGUAUCUAAACCAAAAGAUGAAACAUUAGUUUCACGUAAAUCCAUAUCCGAAAAAACUGUAGAUGAACCCCAACCUAAAGAAAAUACCCUGUCUACAAAAACAACUCCAACCAAACUCCUAACUCCAGAUGCUGGAAAACCCCAACCUAAAGAAGACAAAUUACCUUCUUCCCUCACAUCUCCUCGUACUUCAAUAACUUCAGAUCUCAAAAAAUCUGAAGAAAAACCACAACCAAAGGAGGACAAAUUGCCCUCUUCACUUAAAUCCCCUCGUACAUCAAUAACUUCAGAAUCCAAAAAAGCUGAAGAAAAACCACAACUAAAGGAGGACAAAUUACCUUCUUCACUUAAGAGAGACAAAUCGCCACUAACACAAACAACUCCACGCCAUUCCUUGACCCCUGAUCCUGACACAACUACAAACAAGCUUACACCUACACAGAACAGAUUAGGCCCAUCCUUGAUCAUAGAACCAGAAAAACCAAAGCUUUUCGAGAAAGUCGAAAAGCCUAAGGAAGAAAAUAAACUCCUAACACCUCAACCUAUCGAAAAGAGACAGCCCCAAAAAUCAGAAUUAACUGUCCUGAAUCUGGAAGAGAGACGUGCGUCUCUGAAGAAGCUGGAUAAACCUAAAAGGGUAAUACCCCCUAAAGAAGAAGCUAAAAAGGGUUCGUUCUUGAACAUUCAAUUGAAACCAGUUCAAUCAGAGGGUAAAAAAGCUGAAAAGGCGAAUAAACUCGAAGUUGACUUGAAGAAAGGAGCAACUGAAGAGAAAAAGACAGCAGUCAAAAAAUCUACUGCCAAAAAAGAAGACUACGAUAUUAAUGCUUGGGAAAAUAUCCCUGAUUACGACAGACCGGUGUUGGAGAAAUUUGAAAAACAUGAUGCUCCAGAGUAUGCCGGUAGAGAAAAAAGUAAAUUCUCUAAGGACAAACCAUCUAUUGCAAUCGAAGGAAAAGAAAAAGCUCCUUCUCAGUCAGCUAUAUCUGAACAACCUAGACCUAGCCUUCCUCAAAUUAAGACUCCAGAUGCACCCAAAAUCGAAGUGAGUAGGGAAAAGACUCCCGAACCCAGAAAGAAAUCUCUCGAGCCUGGUUCAGGUCCAGGAAGUCGCAGAGGAUCUCUUAUUCCUCCAGAAGCCAUGGGCAGACGUGCCAGUCUUAUCAUCUCCGACGAGGGUAUGACUGAAAUUAUUGAGGGUGGUAGAUUCAGAUUUGUAACCGAUGGCGAAACAAACUUGAUCACACUCUGCAUCAGAAAAGUAAAACCCAAUGAUGAGGGUACCUAUAAAGUUAUCAUAGCCAACAUCCAUGGUGAAGACUCCGCUGAAAUGACCCUCUUCGUAGCUGGUGCUGGAGGUGUUGAUUUCCGUUCUAUGCUUAUGAAGAGAAAGUACGCCAAAUGGGACAAGGAUAAGGAAGACCCCAACUGGGGAGACUUAAAAGAGGUUGAAAAACCAGUGCCAGCAUUAAAGAAAGUCGAAAAGAAACAAGAAAGCUUCCUAAAACCUCUGGUAGAUCAAUUCGCUAAAGAAGGAAAAGAUAAGAAAGUUGUGUUUGAUGCUGGAUUCUCAAAAACUAAUUGUAAACCAAAAUGGCUGUUCAGGAAAGACGAACUUUUCCCUGGAUCUAAAUAUAAAUUUAAGAAUGAAGGUGACGUAUAUCAGUUGAUCAUAAGCAAUCCAAAAGUAGAAGAUACUGGAAAAUACACAAUUGAAAUCGGAGGAGUCAGCUCUACUGGUUUCUUAACAGUAGAUGAACCAGAUCCAAGUUACACCUUUACCAAAGCACUAAAGAAAAAAUAUGAUGGAUACACUAAACAUGAAGUUGAACUGGCUUGUACUGUAAGUAGUAGUUUGGCCAUUGUUGGUUGGUAUAAAGGAGACAAAAAGUUGGAAGAUAAUGAUAAAUACAGUAUUUCUAAAGAUAUUAACGGAGUAUGUAGACUGACUAUUAAAGAUUCUACAUUUGAUGAUGCUGGCGAUUACACCUGCAAACUAGAAAAACAAACUGAAAAGACACAAACCAAAGUUAACGUUGUAGAGUACCCAUACAAAUUCGUAAAAGUACUUAAACAUCAACAACACGUAGAAAAAGAAAAUAUUACAUUAGUAUGUGAGCUCAACGAUGCAGGUGGUGAUGUACAGUGGUUUAAGAAUGGAGAAGAAAUUAAACCAGAUAAACGAGUAGUUGUCAGCAAGGAUGGUCGCAAACGCAAACUGGUUAUUAAAGACGCCAAAGUUACCGAUGCUGGUAUGUACUCCUGUACUACUAAUGCAGACAAAACCGAAGCUGAGAUCAUUGUGAACUACUUGAACCGCUUUAACAAAAAACUGAAAGACACUGUUGCUGUCGAACGUGAAAAACUCGUUUUGGACAUUGAACUGCAAGAUCAAACAGCCCCAUGCGAGUGGUUGUUUAAUGGCGAACCAAUCAAGCCCUCUGAGAGAGUCGAAAUCAAAAACUUGGGAGGUGGUAAGCACCAACUCGUAUUUAAUGGUUUAGAUUUGGCAGAUGAUGGUGAAAUAAAGUGUGUAUCAGGAAAACUUGAAUCUGCCAUGGUGCUUUCCGUCAAAAAAGGUGAAAGUAAGCCUGAAAUUGACUUCCCAUCAGACUUCGCUGCACCAAUUAGCAAACCUAUUGUCCUUGAAGUACCAUACAAAAUUAGUGGAACCAGACAAACACCUUUGGAAGCUAAACUUAUCAAAGACGGAAAAGUACUUCCUCUAAAAGAUGUGGAGACAAUUAUUUCAGAUGACAAAGUCAUAUUCAAAAUUAAAAAACCAACCAGGGACCAAUCUGGUCCAUAUCAGAUCAAAUUAUCGAACGGACAAGGUGAGGAUGUUAAAGAUGUCAAGAUCACCAUGCAAGACGUUCCUUCUCCACCAGAAGAGGUUAAUGUAACAGAUAUAUUCCAAGACAACUGUAAAAUAUCCUGGAAACCACCCAAAGAUAAUGGUGGAUCACCUCUUCUCCAUUACAUCGUUGAAAGACAGGAUCUCAGUCUGAAAGCUGGUUGGGAAAAUGUUGGUGAAAUAAAAGCCAAUGAACCAACUACAUUCAAAGUCGAAAAACUAACUCCCAAGAAAGAAUAUAAAUUCAGAAUCAAAGCUGUUAACCAGCUAGGUGCUAGUGAACCAGCUCUGUUCGGUAAACCAGUAUUAGCUAAAGAUCCUUGGGAUGAAGCCAGCAAGCCUAAAGACGUAGAAGUAGUUGACUGGGAUGUUGAUCACGCAGAUAUUACUUGGAAGACACCUGACAGCGAUGGUGGAGCUCCUAUUACUGGUUACGUUAUUGAAUUUAAGGAAAAAUUCGCCAAAGAUUGGAAAACCGGUGUUGAAGUACCAGGUGACCAACUGAAAGGAACUGUUCCUAAACUCAAAGAGAAUAGUCAGUACGAAUUUAGAGUAAGGGCUAUUAAUAAAGCUGGACCAGGGGAACCUAGUGAUCCUACCAAACCUAUCAUAGCCAAAUGUAGAUUCGUAAAACCAUUUAUUAUUGGUAAUGACUUAAACAGUAUUAUUAUCAAGAAGGGGCAAGUUGUGAAGUAUGAUAUUAAAUACGGGGGUGAACCAGAACCCGAGGUACAAUGGUUCCUCGAUAAAAAAGAAAUCAAACCCGACUUGGAAGAAAGAAUUACUAUCGACAAAUAUGACAGAAACACUAUUAUUACAGUACGCAGAUGUACAAGAGCUGAUAGUGGAAAAUAUCGUUUGGUACUUACCAACAGCUCUGGUACUUGUGAAGGUGUGGCGGAAGUUAUUGUUUUAGAUAAACCUACCCCACCCAAAGCUAUGAAAAUUGAGGAAAUCCGUGCGGACCACGUUAAAGUUGCAUGGCAAAAACCAGAAGACAUGGGUGGUACUGACUUAACUGGUUAUAUAUUAGAAAAAAUGGACAUGGACACAGGAAGAUGGAUUCCUGCGGGAGAAGUUGGUCCUGAUGAAACUAACUUCACAUUUAAGAACCUAACACCUAAGAAGAAAUACAAAUUUAGAGUUCGAGCUAAAAAUAAAGAAGGAGAAUCUGAACCUUUGGAAACCGAUGACUUUAUUCUAGCUAAGAAUCCUUACGACGAGCCCGGAGCACCAGGACAACCAGAAAUCUUUGACUACGAUAACAAGAGUGCCAGUCUUAAAUGGGCUAAACCCGAUAGCGAUGGAGGUCGCCCCAUCAGCCAUUAUACAGUUGAAAUGAAAGACAAAUUUGCAGCUGAUUGGACUGAGGUAGCGAAGACGCCUGAUGCUACCCCCGAAGUAGUCGUACCUGGUUUAAAAGAAAAUAUGGUAUAUCAAUUCCGUGUGAAAGCACACAAUAAGGCAGGACCUAGUGCACCUUCGGCACCAACAGCUAACCACCUCUGCAAACACAAAAACUUAAAACCAAGAAUUGACCGUGAAACAUUUAGAGCUGUUACUAUAAAAGCUGGCCGUACUCAUAAGUGGGCAGUUGACUUUAUGGGAGAACCUCCACCGUCUGUUAAAUGGGUGUGGAGAGAUGACAUUCCAUUAUCCAAUAGUGAACGUAUCAAAAUAGAAAACUCCGACUACCAUACGGACUUCACACUCCUGAACUCUGUUCGUAAAGAUUCAGGAAAAUACACGCUCACUAUAGAAAACAUUAACGGAAAGGAUACUGAAACUGUUGAACUGACUGUAUUGGGCAAACCAGCAGCUCCUGAAGGACCUUUAGUUGUAUCUGAUGUGACUGCAGAAAAAGCUAAAGUUAGCUGGAAAAAACCAGAAGACGAUGGAGGUAGUCCAAUCAAAGAAUACGAAAUUGAAAAGAUGGAUAUGGCUACAGGCAAAUGGGUACGUGUUGGUCGUUUGCCUGCUGACAGAAUGUCACCAGACGGUAAAGGAGAAUUCGAAGUCACUGGGCUUAUACCCGGAUCUGAGUACAAAUUCAGGGUGACGGCUGUUAAUGCUGAAGGUGAUUCUGAACCUUUAGUUUCUGAAAGACCAAUUGUAGCUAAGAAUCCGUUCGACGCGGCUGGAAAACCAGGUACUCCAGAAAUAAUCGAUUAUGACAACAAAGGAGUCAACCUUAGAUGGACACCUCCUAAAGAUGACGGUGGUGCUCCAAUUGAAAAAUACAUCAUUGAAAAGAAAGAUAAAUAUAAACCUGAUUGGGAAAAAGCUACUGAAGUGCCUGCAGAUCAACUAGAAGCCCGCGUCGAAGACCUCAAAGAGCGUGGUGAAUACCAAUUCCGCGUAAUACCAGUCAACAAAGCUGGUCGUGGUACGCCAUCAGAUGCAAGUCAAAUGCAAAUUAUCAAACAUAGAGCACUUAAGCCUAGAAUCGAUAGGACAAAUCUCAAACCUAUCACCGUCCGUGCCGGAAAACCAAUCAAGUACGAUGUUGAUGUUAAGGGUGAACCUGCUCCUACUUGCACUUGGUUCCAUAUUGACAAAGAAGUAAAAUCAGAGGGAAAUAUAGAAAUAAUAAAUGUCGACUACAAUACUAAGAUCAAUAUUACUAAUUCUAUUAGAAAGAACACUGGUCUUUAUAAAAUUAAAGCUGUGAAUGAACACGGCUUUGAUGAAGCUGAAGUUGAAGUGACAGUACUGUCAUCUCCUUCGAAACCAAAAGGUCCUCUUAAAGUUACAGAUGUUACCAAAGGUGGAUGUAAACUUAAAUGGGAAAAACCAGAGGAUGAUGGAGGUAAACCCAUCACCGGUUAUCAAGUUGAGAAAUACGACAAACAAACUGGCAGAUGGGUUCCAGUUGGAAGAACAAAUGACACUGAAAUGGAUGUUAAGGGUUUACAAGAGGGGCAUGAAUAUGACUUCCGUGUUAAAGCUAUCAACGAUGAAGGAGAGUCAGAACCACUUGAAUCAGAUGGUUCGAUAAUUGCCAAAAAUCCUUACGAUAUUCCUGGUAAACCAGGUACACCUGAAAUUACUGACUGGGAUGCUGAUCGCGUUGAUUUAAAAUGGACUGCUCCAAAAAGCAGUGGAGGAGCACCUAUUACUGGCUAUGUCAUUGAGAAAAAAGAGAAGUUCUCAACAUCUUGGGAUGAAAUCCUUUCUACAGACUCUCCUUCUUGUGAGGCCCGAGUACCUGGACUUAAAGAAGGAAACACAUAUCAAUUCCGUGUACGAGCUGUUAAUAAGGCUGGUCCAGGAGAACCUAGUGAUGCAACUAAUCCACACAUUGCUAAAGCUAGACAUUUACGUCCACUGAUCAAUCGUGAAAAACUACACACUGUUAAAGUACGUGCUGGACAACUGGUCAAAUUUGACGUAGACGUCAAAGGUGAGCCUCCACCGGUUUGCACAUGGAGUUUCGCUCACAAACCACUUGAAAAUGGUGGUAAUGUCAAGAUAGAAAACGAAGAUUAUAACACAAAACUUCAAUUAAGUGAUACAAGAAGAAAAGAUACAGGAACUUACACUCUUAAAGCAGAAAAUAGUUCUGGUUUUGAUGAAGCCACUGUGGAGGUUAUUAUCUUAGACAAACCAGGAAAACCUGAAGGGCCUCUUGAGGUUUCCGAUGUUCAUAAAGAAGGCUGCAAACUUAAAUGGGAUAAACCCAAAGACGACGGUGGUUUGCCAAUAACUGGUUACGUAAUUGAAAAACAAGAUGUUCAAACUGGUCGUUGGGUACCAGCAGGAUUUGUAGAUGCAGACAAGACAGAUCAUGAAAUAACUGGUCUGGAACCCAACAAAAAGUACAACUUUAGAGUCAAAGCUGUUAACGAAGAAGGUGAAUCAGAACCUCUCGAAUCAGACGCAUCUAUACAUGCUAAAAACCCAUAUGACAUCCCCGCACCUCCCGGCUUACCGGAAAUUGUUGACUGGGAUGAAAAAUCUGUUAAACUUAAAUGGGACAAACCAGUUAGAGAUGGUGGAUCUCCAAUUACUGGUUAUAUUAUUGAAGCCAUGGAUAAAUUCGGAGGACAAUUUGUUAAAGUAGCAGAAGUUGGACCUCAAUGUAACGGAACGGUACCAAAACUUGAAGAAGGUAACCAAUAUAAGUUCCGUGUGAGAGCUGUCAACAAAGCAGGUCCCUCUGAACCUUCUGAACAAACCAACUGGCAUACUGCUAAGGCUAGGUUCCUUAAACCACUUAUUGACCGUACCAACCUUAAACCAAUGACCAUUAAAGCUGGUCUAUCUAUCAGUUUAGAUAUCAACAUUCAAGGUGAACCACCACCGAAGGUGACCUGGUUAUUCAAUGGCCAAGAAAUUCAAUCAACUGAUGAAAUUCGAAUUGAUAAUGUGGACUACAAUACUAAAUUCUUUGUUCUUAAAUCUAAACGUCUUCAUUCUGGCAAAUAUACAAUUAUUGCUAAGAACGAAGUGGGUGAGGAUCAAGCUGAAAUCGAUAUUUCGGUUCUUGGUAAACCUAAAGCACCAAAGGGUCCACUUGAAGUUAGUGAUGUAACCAAACAUGGAUGUAAACUUAAAUGGAAAAAACCAGAAGAUGACGGUGGCUCUCCUAUCGAUCAUUACGAAAUUGAAAAACUGGAUCCACUUACUGGACAAUGGAUACCUUGUGGUCGAAGCAACGAACCUGAAGCUAACAUAACUGGUCUCCAAGAAGGUAAACCUUAUAAAUUUAGAGUUAAAGCUGUAAACAAAGAAGGAGAAUCUGAACCACUAGAAACUGAGAAAACUAUUAUUGCUAAAAAUCCAUUUGAUGAACCUGGUAAACCUGGCCGCCCAGAUCUCAAAGAUUGGGACAAGGACUUUGUUGAACUUGCAUGGAGGCCUCCAGUGAGUGACGGAGGAGCACCAAUUCAAAAAUAUAUUAUUCAAAUGCACGAUAAAGCUGGUCGUGGCUGGGUAGAUGCAGCAACUGUUCCUGGAGAUAGAACUACUGGCAGAGUCGAAGCCGUAGAAGAAGGACAUGAAUAUGAAUUCCGUAUUGUUGCUGUAAACAAAGCAGGUCCUAGUGAACCUAGCGAUCCAUCUAAACCAGUUGUAGCCAAACCAAGAUUCUUGGCACCAAAGAUCGACCGUAAGAACCUGAAUAAAAAAGUACUACGUACAGGACAAUUAUUGCGUCUGGAAGCAGAUGUUAAAGGUGAACCUGCUCCAGUUGUUACAUGGACUUUAAAAGAGCAGACUUUAAGAAACAACGAUAGAAUUAAGAUUGAUAACGAAGAUUACCACACCUGCUUCAUAAUGAAGAACGUUCAACGAAGCGACACUGCUACCUAUACAGUAACUGCCAGAAACGAUUCUGGAGUAGACACUGUGGAAGUAGAACUCCAAGUUAUUGCUAAACCUACCAAACCUAAGGGCCCUCUGAAAGUAUCAGAUGUUACCGCAGAAGGUUGUAAACUUAAAUGGGAACCUCCUGAAGAUGAUGGAGGUGAACCUAUUACCGGAUAUGUAGUUGAACGUAUGGACGUUGAAAGCGGACGAUGGGUGCCAGUUACUACCACAAAAACGCCAGAAGCAGAUGUUACCGGCCUUAAUGAAGGAAAAGAUUAUCAGUUCAGAGUAAAAGCUGUGAAUUCUGAAGGAGAAUCAGAACCUUUAGUAACUGAUGUUCCAACCACAGCUAAGAAUCCAUACACCGAACCUGAUGCUCCUGGCAAACCAGAAAUAAAAGACUGGAGUAAGAAACAUGCUGAUCUUAAAUGGACCCCACCUAAAAAUGAUGGUGGUGCACCAGUUGAGAAAUACAUCAUAGAAAAGAAAGAUCCUAUUACCGGAAAAUGGCAGAAAGCUCUUGAAGUUCCGGGUAAUAAAACUGAAGCUAAGGUUCCUGAUUUGCAAGAAGGACAAAAAUACCAAUUCAGAGUUAAAGCUGUCAACAAAGGAGGUGACAGCAAACCUUCGCCUCCAUCAGAAACAAUUACUGCUAAAGAUCGAUUCGUACCACCCAAGAUUGAUCGUACAAACCUUAAAGAUUUUACAGUUCGUGCUGGUCAGCAUAUCAGAUUAGAUGUCAAAGUUAGUGGUGAACCACCACCGACCAAGACUUGGUUCCUCAACAAAGCUCGCAUUGAGAAUAGAGAUGAUAUUACUGUAGAUCUCGAAGAUUACAGAACCAAAUUGGUAAUAGGAGUUUUAAAGAGAGAACAUACUGGUACCCUAACUCUAAAAGCUGAAAAUGAUUCUGGAAGAGAUGAAGCCAGUAUCGAAAUUAAAGUUUUGGAUAAACCUUCUAAACCUGAAGGUCCACUUAAAAUCAGUGAUGUACACAAAGAAGGCUGUACUCUUAAAUGGAAUCCUCCUCAAGAUGACGGUGGUGUUCCUAUUGAAUACUACGCUGUAGAAAAACUUGAUACAGCUACCGGACGAUGGGUACCUGCAGGUAGAACCAAAGAUCCUAAAAUUGAACUUAAUAACUUAGAACCAGGUCAAGAGUAUAAAUUUAGAGUAUCAGCUGUUAACGCAGAGGGUGAAUCGGAACCUUUAGAAGCAGAUCAAACGAUAGUAGCCAAGAAUCCAUUUGAUGAACCGGGAGCGCCUGGCCAACCUGAAGUCACAGAUUGGGACAAAGACCGUGUUGACCUAAGAUGGACUCCACCUGCGAAUGAUGGUGGAUCUCCAAUCACUGGAUAUAUUAUUGAAAAACGGGAGAAAGGAUCACCAAAAUGGACCAAAGCUGGAGAAACUGGACCAUACGAAACAAAGGGCACUGCUGAUAAUCUAGAUGAAGGAGUUGAGUACGAGUUUAGAGUGAGAGCUGUUAAUGCCGCAGGUCCUGGCGAGCCAAGUCAAGCAUCCAAGUCUGUUAUUACGAAGCCCAGACGAUUGGCUCCAAAGAUUGAUCGCCGAAACCUGAACAACCUAACAGUAAAGGAAGGUGAACCAAUCUACAUUGAUGUCAAGAUCAGUGGAGAACCAGCGCCCGAUGUUUCAUGGUACCAAGACGACAGAACUUUAAUCCAAACCUCCCAUAAACGCAUUGAUAAUAUCCCAUACAACUCCAAGUUCUUCAACGAUAAACCCGAACGUAAGGACACUGGAGUGUAUAAAAUUGUUGCUACAAACAAAUUUGGACAAGAUCAGGCAGAAAUCGAAAUUACCGUUGUUUCGAAGCCAGGUCAACCCGAAGGUCCUCUGGAAGUAUCAGAUAUUCACAAGGACGGCUGUACAUUAAAAUGGAAGAAACCCAAAGAUGACGGUGGAGAACCAAUUGAAAACUAUGUUGUUGAAAAGUUCGAUCCAGAAACUGGAAUAUGGCUACCAGUUGGCAAAACUACUGGUGCUGUACCAGAAAUGAAAGUCGAUGGUCUUACUCCUGGACAUGAGUAUAAAUUUAGAGUUAAAGCAGUUAAUAAAGAGGGUGAAUCUGAACCUCUUGAGACUCUCGGAACCAUUGUAGCUAAAGAUCCUUACACUACUGCUGGAAGACCUGGUACACCAGAACCAGAAGAUUGGUCUGCUAAUCACGUAGAUCUUAAGUGGACUGAACCAAUAUCAGAUGGAGGUUCCCCUAUUACCGGCUAUAUCAUUGAGAUUAAAGACAAAUACAGUCCUAUUUGGGAAAAAGCUUUGGAAACUAUUACUCCCAAGCCAUCGGCCACAAUUCCAGGUUUAAUUGAAGGAAAUGAAUACCAGUUUAGAGUAAUAGCAGUUAAUGAAGCUGGAUUGAGUCCUCCGUCAGACGCUAGCAAAACAUUUGUUGCUAAACCAAGAUUCUUGGCACCUAAAAUCGACAGACGUUAUCUACACGACGUCACAAUUUCCGCUGGAUCACCUCUUAAAUUUGAAGCUAACAUCAUCGGUGAACCCCCACCGUCUGUGGAAUGGCGAUUCAACGGUGGAGUUCUUAAAAAUGAUAACCGCACAACAAUUGACAACGUUGAUUAUAAUACUAAGAUAGCCAUUCGUCCAGUAAACAGAGAUGACACUGGUGAAUACAAAGUUACAGCUUCAAACAGUUCCGGAAAAGACACACAUGUUAUUAACGUAACAGUUACUGAUAAGCCCACACCGCCUCAAGGUCCACUUCAAGUAUCCGAUGUUAACAAAAAUGGAUGCAAACUUAAAUGGAAGAGACCUAAAGAUGAUGGUGGAACUCCCAUUGAAUAUUAUCAAGUUGACAAAAUGGAUCCAGAAACUGGAUGCUGGGUUCCAUGUGGAAGAUCUACAGAACCUAACUUCGAAGUAACUGGACUCACUCCUGGACAUGAAUACAAAUUCAGAGUGGCUGCUGUUAAUGCUGAAGGAGAAUCUAAACCACUCGAAACUGAACAGGCAAUAGUUGCUAAAAAUCCAUUUGAUGAACCAGGAGCACCUGGACACCUUAAAGCAACAGAUUGGGAUAAAGAUCAUGUCGAUUUGGCUUGGACUCCACCUAAAGAUGAUGGAGGUUCACCAGUUACUGGUUAUAUUAUUGAAAAGAAAGAUAAAUUUGGAGACUGGGAAAAGGCACUGGAAGUUCCCGGUGAUCAACUUAAAGCUACUGUGCCAGAUCUUAUUGAAGGUCAACCUUACCAAUUCCGUGUGAGGGCUGUAAAUGCCGCAGGUCCUGGUGAUGCUAGUAAUGAAACACCAACUAUUAUUGCUAAACCACGCAACUUGGCACCAAUGAUUGACAGAACUAACCUCAAUAAUGUUAAAAUCCGUGCUGGACAAAACUUUGGCUUUGAUGUUAAGGUGUCUGGUGAGCCAAUGCCUACCACUAAAUGGUUGAUUAAAAAUAAAGAACUGAAGAGUGGCGACGGAAUGAAAGUACAACAUGGAGAGUAUAAUACAAAAAUAAAUGUCAAAAAUGCAACACGUGCUGAAUCCGGAAUUUAUACUAUUACAGCAGAAAACGUUAAUGGAAAAGAUAUUGCUGAAGUUGAAGUAAUCGUAUUAGACGUACCAAGUCCACCAGGUGGGCCCCUUAAAGUAUCAGAUGUCCACGCUAAUGGUGCUAAACUUAGCUGGAGACCACCAGCUGACGAUGGUGGACAACCAGUCGAAAGAUAUAUCGUCGAGAAGAUGGACGAAGCUACAGGUCGCUGGGUGCAAGCCGGUGAAACUGACGGACCUGAAACAUCUUUAGCUGUUGAUGGUUUAGUGCCUGGACACAAAUAUAAGUUCAGGGUAAGAGCAGUCAACAGACAAGGAAAAUCAGAACCUCUUCAAACUACCCAAGCAGUUGAAGCUAAAAAUCCAUUUGACCAACCUGGAAAAACAUCUGCCCCAGAGAUUAUCGAUUACGACAAAGAUUUCGUGGAGCUUAAAUGGGAUAAACCAGAAAACGAUGGUGGUUCACCAAUUACAGGAUAUGUUAUAGAAAAACGUGACAAAUAUAAUCCCAACUGGGAAAAAUGUGCUGAAGUUGAAGGGGAUGUACCUAAAGGAAAAGUUAAAGACCUUAUUGAAGGCACACCUUAUGAGUUCAGAAUCAGGGCGGUUAAUAAAGCAGGUCCAGGAGAACCAAGUGACGCAUCUAAAAUCCAUGUUGCUAGACCCAAAAAUCUUGCUCCAAAGAUCGACAGAAACUUCUUCGCGGACCUUAAGAUUAAAGUGGGUUCUUCAAUUGAAUACAAUGUACCAGUCAUUGGAGAACCUCCUCCGUCUAAAGAAUGGAAGCAUAAAGAUGACAUUCUUUUCAAUAACGAUCGUGUCAAAAUCGUUAAUGAAAACUACAAAACUAGUAUUAAAAUUACAGAUGCUAAAAGAUCAGAUAGUGGACCAUACACCCUCACUGUUAAAAAUGCUAAUGGCAAAGAUGAAGCAACAGUUAAAGUCACAGUACUUGACGUCCCCACUCCUCCGGAAGGUCCUCUUAGAGCUGAUAAUGUUACUAAGAGCUCAAUGACACUUCAUUGGAAACCACCCAAAGAUAACGGUGGUUCAGAAAUCACACAUUACACUGUAGAAAAACUUGAUACCGAAAAUAUGAGAUGGGUACCAUGUGGAGAAGCAAUAGGUACCUCCAUGCGAGUUGAUCAUUUGUCCGAGGGACAUGAUUACCAAUUUAGAGUCAAAGCAGUCAAUAAAGAAGGAGAAUCUGCUCCACUAUUAACAACUGAACCUAUUACUGCCAAGGAUCCAUUUACAAAACCAGACAGACCUGGAGUUCCACAAGCUACAGAUUGGGACAAAGAUCAUGUGGAUCUUGAAUGGACUCCUCCUAAGAAAGACGGCGGAGCACCAAUCACAGAAUAUAUCAUUGAAAAAAGACCUAGACAUGGAACUUGGGAAAGAGCCUGUGAAGUUCCUGGUAAUACUACUAAAGCUACCGUACCUAAUUUAGUUGAAGGAGAAGAGUACGAAUUCAGAGUAAUCGCUGUCAAUAAAGGAGGACACAGUGAUCCUAGUGAAGCAAGUCUUCCAGUUAUUGCCAAACCUAGAUUCCAAGCUCCAACAUUCAACAAGAAUCUGCUUGAAGAUAUUACUGUCAAGGCUGGACAACGGUUUGGAUGGACCAUUCCAAUUGAAGCAUCUCCCAAGCCUACAGCUAAAUGGACUGUUAAUGGCAAAGAAAUAAAAUCAAGUGACAGAAUUGAUAUGGCUGUAUACAACAACAAAGUUUCCUUCGAUGUUUCUUCAUCUCUAAGAUCAGAUGCUGGAAGAUACACAUUAACCCUCACGAAUGAUUUGGGUAGCUUUACUGCCUCUGCACAAGUUACUGUAAUAGAUAGACCUAGUCCACCACAACCUCCACUAGAUGUCAGCAGUGUUACUAAAGACAGUGCAAGACUCAGUUGGAAGAUACCAUUGGAUGACGGUGGAUCUCCUAUUUUGCAUUACAUUGUUGAAAAAAUGGACGUAUCACGUGGUACCUGGUCCGAUGCAGGAAUGGCUACUAUUACAUCUCACGACAUAACAAGAUUAAUUCACCGAAAAGAGUAUUACUUCAGAGUUAAAGCUGUUAAUGCUGUCGGUGAAUCAGAACCACUUGAAACGCCAAAAAGUAUUAUCGCCAAAAAUGAAUUCGAUGAACCAAGUGCACCUGGUAAACCAGCCGUUACCGACUGGGACAAAGAUCAUGUCGACCUGGAAUGGAAUCCACCCAAGAGCGAUGGUGGAUCUCCCAUCACUGGAUACAUUAUCCAAAAGAAAGAAAAAGGGAAGUCCAUAUUGGACCAACGCUGUACAUGUGCCAGCAAAGUUAUAGCCACUAACACUGCCGGUCAGAGCGAACCCUCUGAACCAUCUGAUUUAGUCACAGCUAAAGCCAGAUUUUUGGCACCCAAAAUUAAGACGCCUCUUAACGACAUACGUAUUAAAGCUGGACUUAUUUUACAUAUCGAUGUAGACUUUAUUGGGGAACCAUGCCCAGAGGUAACAUGGACCGUAGGAAGCAAAUCAUUAACUGCUGAUGAGCGUACUACUGUAACAUCAAUUGGAUACCAUACUACGAUUCAUACGGUUAAUGCAAAACGUUCAGACAGUGGUUUGUAUCAUAUUUUGUUGAAGAACAGUUCUGGUAUUGACGAAGGCUCAUUCCAAGUUACAGUAUUGGAUCGCCCUGGACCUCCACAGAAACCUAUAGAAUAUGAAGAAGUAACUGCCCAGAGUGUCACACUCUCUUGGAAAGCACCCAAAGACAAUGGUGGCAGCGAAAUAACUGGUUAUGUAAUCGAGAAACGGGACUUAACACAUGGCGGUGGAUGGGUACCGGCUGUUAACUAUGUGAACCCUAAAUAUCAGCAUGCCAUAGUACCAAGGUUGCUAGAAGGAACCAAAUAUGAAUUUAGAGUAUUUGCUGAAAAUAUGCAAGGUCGCUCAGAUCCAUUAGAGACUGACAAACCCAUUGUAGCCAAAAAUCAAUACGAUGUACCUGGAAAACCAGGCAAACCAGAAUUAGUAGAUAGUGAUAAGGAUCAUAUUAAAAUCAAAUGGUCUGCUCCCAUCAGCAAUGGAGGAUCUCCUAUUAUUGGUUACGAUAUUGAACGUCGUGACAGAGCUACUGGACGAUGGGUAAAACUCAAUAAGGAGCCCAAUAGAAAUACUGAAUAUUAUGACGACAAGGUACAAGAAGGUCACCAAUAUGAAUACCGAGUAUCUGCAGUCAAUGCUGCUGGUGCUGGUAAGCCAAGCGAUGCUUCUAAUACAUUUACGGCCAAACCUAUGAAAGAGAAACCCAAAUUGUGGCUCGAUGGUAUCAUUGGACGCAAGAUCAAAGUUCGUGCUGGAGAACCUAUUAAUAUUGAUAUUCCAUUAUCUGGAGCACCGGCACCAAAAUGCGAAUGGAGCAAAAACAAGACAACUGUACCAGAGUCCAACAGAGUAUAUACUGAAACCAACAGUGAACACACUAGACUUCGUGUCGAAGUAUCAAAUAGAGAUGACACAGGCACUUAUACCAUUAAAGCAUCUAACGAAUAUGGCGCAGAUGAGGCAGAUAUCCAAGUAAUUGUUGUAGAUAAACCUGGAAUGCCUAAAGGUCCACUACAAUAUACUUCAACAACACAAGAUACAAUCUCACUGUCGUGGAAUCCACCUGAUGAUGACGGAGGUGGUGAUUUAACUGGCUAUAUUGUCGAAGUAAGCGAAUACGGAACUGACAGCUGGCGCCCAUGCCCAGGAUUCUGUCCAAGACCUUCAUUUACAGCUCGAGGUUUAACGGAAGGAAAGAAAUAUGUAUUUAGGGUUCGUGCUGAAAAUAUAUAUGGCGUAUCAGAGCCAUUAGAAGGUAAACCAGUCAUUGCCAAGAGUCCAUUUGAUCCUCCAGGAGCACCAAGUAAGCCACAAGUUACUGGCUAUUCAGCCUCUACUUGUUCUCUUAAGUGGAACCCACCAAUAUCUACUGGUGGAAAGCCAAUUACUGGUUAUUAUGUAGAAAAACGUGAAAGAGGUGGAGACUGGGUCAAAGUUAACACUUACCCUACACCAAACACUCAAUAUACGGUACAAGACUUAAGAGAAGGUAAUAAAUAUGAAUUCCGUGUUGUUGCUGUCAACGAAGCAGGUCCUGGUGAACCUAGUGAACCAACUGAACCAAUCAUUGCUCAAACGCAACGGUUCGUACCUGAUGCUCCCGAACCACCUAAAGCUGACCGUAUUACAAAAGAUAGUGUUACACUAUCUUGGAGGCCACCGAGAAAUGAUGGUGGAUCUAAAAUUAGAGGCUACGUUGUUCAAAAACGGCCUAUUGAUUCUGACAAAUGGACAGAUGUAAAUGCUACUCCAGUAAAUGACACCGUAUAUACAGUUCCUAACUUAAACGAAGGUGAAACAUAUCAAUUCAGACUCAUUGCUGUUAAUGAUGUAGGUAGAUCUGAACCUAGUAAACCAAGCAGCAAUAUUAAAGUGGAAGAACAACCUAACAAACCUCGCAUGGACUUGGGAGGUGUUCGUGACAUUACGGUUAGAGCUGGUGAAGAUUUCAGCAUUCAUGUACCAUACGUUGGAUUCCCUAAACCUACAGCUUCAUGGUUUGCUAAUGAUAAACUUCUCGAUGAAUCGGAUACAAGAGUAUUCCCACAAUUAGCCGAUGAUUACGCUAGUAUUAUUGUUAAGAAUUCAAAGCGAUCAGAUAGUGGUCAGUAUAGAUUGCAAUUAAAGAACCCAUCUGGUUUCGAUACCGCAACAAUAAACGUAAAAGUAUUAGAUAGGCCUGGCAAACCUGAGAAUCUUAGAGCUGAUGAAUUUGCUGGAGAUGCUCUCACACUUUAUUGGCAACCACCUAAAGAUAAUGGUGGUGCUGAUAUCACAAAUUACAUUAUUGAAAAGAAGGAAGCCAAAUCACAAACAUGGUCUAAAGUGAGCAGUUAUGUCACUGUUCCAUUUGUUAGAAUACGCAAUCUUACACUUGGAAAAGAUUAUGACUUCAGAGUUAUUGCUGAAAAUCAAUAUGGACAAUCUGAGCCAGCUGUAACUUCUGAACCCAUUAAAGCAAGACAUCCAUUUGAUCCUCCAGGAGCACCUGGGGCACCAAGAGGUAUUGAAACCACUGAAGAUUCUAUUACUAUUACUUGGUCCAAGCCAAGACAUGAUGGUGGUUCACCUAUUACAGGCUAUGUAGUAGAAAAACGAUUGAUUACUGAAGAUAAGUGGACAAAAGCUUGCCACGCUCAAGUUCCUGAUACAACUCUUAAAGUUAUUAACUUAAUUGAAAAUCAUGAAUAUGAAUUCAGAGUAGCUGCCAUAAAUGCUGCUGGACAAGGACCUUGGAGUUCCGCUUCUGACGCCAUAUGUGCUAGAGCUGCUCCAAGUGCACCAAAGAUCACUUCUGAUUUGAGUAUACGAGACAUGAUUGUCAUUGCUGGCGAAGAACUAAAGAUCACAGUUCCAUUUACUGCUACACCUAAACCCAGAGCAUCCUGGUCCAUUAAUGGAGAUGAUGUUAUAGCUGACAGCAGAAUUAAAAUGGAAACUACAGAUAUUACUUCUGUAUUUGUAAAUAAAUCAGCUAAACGAUCAGACACAGGUAGUUACACUAUUAAACUGACGAAUUCGGAAGGCUCAGAUUCUGCAUCUUGCAGAGUUUUAGUAGUAGACAGACCAUUACCACCUCAAGGCCCACUUGAUAUUUCAGAUGUUACACCUGAUAACUGUUCUCUUGCAUGGAGACCACCAACAGAUGACGGUGGUUCACCGAUUACCAACUAUAUUGUUGAGAAACUUGACACCAAUGGUAUUUGGGUUAAAGUCAGCAGUUUCGUACGCAAUACUCACUACGAUGUAAUGAGCUUAGAACCAAAUAAGAAAUAUAGUUUUAGAAUCAGAGCUGAAAACCAGUAUGGUAUUAGUGAACCUUUGGAAAGCACAGAACCAGUUACAGCUAAAUAUCCAUUCACAGUUCCUGAUGCACCUGGUGCACCUAGAGUAACUGACUGGGAUUCAUCAACAAUAUAUCUUGCAUGGGAUAGACCUAAUAACGAUGGAGGCUCACGUAUACAAGGAUACAAACUCGAGUAUAGAGAUGUCGCCCACGAUACCCAUUGGCAGAGUGCAAGCACUUAUCUCAUUAAAGAUACACACUUCGAUCUGUUCAACCUAACAAGCGGGCAUGAAUACGAAUUUAGAGUCCGCGCAAAGAACGCUGCUGGCUUUGGUAAGCCAUCAGCUUCUUCAGCUACAUUCAAACUUAAAGGUAAAUACAACGUACCAUCACCUCCACGCAAUCCUAAAGUCAUUAACGUCGGUAAAGGUUACGUCGAUCUUACUUGGGAACCACCAUCUAGUGAUGGAGGUUCCAGGAUAACAGGAUAUAUCAUUGAAAAGAGAGAAAUUGGAUCUCCCUUAUGGACUAAAUGCAAUGAUUACAACGUUACUGACAACAACUACACAGUUUUGAAUCUUAUGGAUAACUCAGAAUACGAGUUUAGAAUUUACGCCGUCAAUUCAGCUGGUAAGAGUGAGCCAAGUAACUGCACUACACCUGUUAGGGUUUGUGAAGUUCUUGGAGGCGAAAAACCAGACUGGGUGCGUCGUCUUAAUAACACAUCUGCACCACUUGGAAAGUCAGUUACGCUUGAAUGUGAAGCAUCGGGUAAACCUGAGCCAUCAUUUAGAUGGAUUAGAAAUGGACGUGAAAUAAAAAUUGGUGGUAGAUUUAGAACUGAAGUUAAAGGAGGCACUGCAUUCCUUCACAUAUCUGAUCUUCUUGGAAUUGACGAAGGUGAUUACACUUGCGAAGCUAGUAAUACUUUAGGAGCUGUCACAACUACAGCCCGUCUAAAGAUUGGAACACCGCCAAGAAUUGAACGUAUUCCAGAUAACCUAUAUUUGGCCGAAGGUGAUAAUACGAAGAUUAAGAUCUAUUACUCUGGAGACCAACCGCUUGAUGUUACUUUGUCUAAAAAUGGACAAAAUGUUGACGAUUCCACCCAUAUUAGAUACACGGUAUUCGACGAUUACAUUAUCAUAUUUAUUAAAGAUAUUAACAAGAAUGAUGCUGGCAAUUAUAACUUAACUGUCAAAAAUGAUAGUGGAAGUGCAUCUGGUAGCUUUUCAGUAUAUAUCACAGGUUUACCUGGACCACCAAAUGGUCCUUUGGAAACUACAGAGAUUACCAAGCACACUUGUAGACUCGCUUGGAAACCUCCAAGCUACGAUGGUGGAUUAAGAGUUACUCACUAUGUUGUUGAAAGAAAAGAUGUUUUGGGAACCCACUGGAUCACCGUUUCUAGCUCUUGUAAGGAUACGAACUUUACUGUACAAGGUCUUACCGAAGGACAAGAAUAUCUGUUUAGAGUAAUGGCUGUUAAUGACAACGGUGCAGGACCACCGCUUGAAGGAGUUAAUCCAAUUAAAGCCAGAGCUCCAUUUGAUCCACCAGGACCACCUGGAAUACCUAAAGUUACACAAGUUGGUGGAGACUUUGUUAAUCUUGAAUGGGCUAAACCUGAAACUGAUGGAGGAGCUCGCAUACAGGGUUACUGGAUCGACAAAUGUGAAGUUGGAAGCUCAACAUGGCAACGUGUCAAUGUUUCCAUAUGUUUACCAAACCAAAUUAAUAUUCCAAAUCUGAUUGAAGGUCGUCAAUACGAGUUCCGAGUAUUCGCCCAAAAUGUAGCCGGUAUUUCACCAUCCUCUAGUGCAUCAAACAGUGUAGAAAUUAAAGAUCCACUUGCUGCUACACCUCCAGAAAUUAUCAAGCCCCUUAAGAAUGCCCAAUGCAUACAAAAUCACAAUGCUAAAUUUGAAUGUACCAUCACUGGAAAUCCAGCUCCUCAUAUUACUUGGUACAAAGGUGCUAGAGAAAUCACUAGUGGUUCAAGGUAUCAUAUUUACAGUGAAGGAGAAGUACACCAUCUUAUUAUACAUGACGUAUUUGGUGAAGACGCUGAUGAAUACGUCUGUAGAGCAGUCAAUAAAGCUGGUAUAAAAUCUACACGUGCAGAAUUGUUAAUUAUGACUGCUCCAAAACUGAACAUUCCUCCACGCUUCCGUGACUCGGCUUACUUUGACAAAGGUGAAAAUGUUGUUAUUAAGAUUCCAUUCACCGGUUUCCCAAGACCAAAGAUUACAUGGGUCAGAGAAGGUGAAGUAAUUGAAUCAGGAGGACAUUAUCAUGUCGAAGUUAAAGACAGACAUGCCAUUCUUACCAUUAGAGAUGCAAGUAAAUUAGAUAGUGGACCUUACAGAGUAACAGCAGAAAACGAACUUGGACAAGAUACUGCUAUUAUUAAGAUUCAAAUCGCUGAUCGUCCAGAUCCACCACGUUUCCCUGCAGCUGAUAAUAUUGGUCAUGACUCUUUGGCACUCAACUGGAAAGCACCUGUAUGGGACGGUGGUAGCAAUAUCACAAAUUAUCUUGUAGAAAGACGUGAACAUCCAUUAUCCACAUGGAUAAGAGUAGGAAACACAAGACUGACUACAAUAGCAGUAAAUGGACUAACACCUGGACAUCAAUACGAAUUCAGAGUAUAUGCUGAGAACAUAUAUGGUCGUUCUGAUGCUUCAGACCUCAGCAGUAUUAUAACUAUGAAAGAUACCAUUAAAAAGAAGGUUGAAAAGAGGAAGUAUGAGGUUGACGAAACUGGAAAGAAAAUCCGUGAAUCUCACAAAGAACCAGUUAAAGAUUAUGAUAAUUACGUAUUUGACAUUUACUCUAAAUUUGUCCCACAACCAGUUGAAAUUAAAACUAAAUCAGUAUAUGAUGACUAUGACGUUCUUGAAGAAAUCGGAACUGGAGCCUUUGGAGUUGUACAUCGUUGUCGGGAACGUAAAACUGGAAACAUAUUCGCAGCUAAAUUCAUUCCAGUAUCACACGCAAUGGAGAAAGAGCUCAUAAGGAAAGAAAUCGACAUCAUGAACCAAUUACACCAUCCUAAACUUAUUAAUCUUCACGAUGCAUUCGAAGAUGACGAUGAAAUGGUUCUUAUUUAUGAAUUCCUAUCGGGCGGUGAGCUAUUUGAAAGAAUAACCGCAGAAGGUUAUCAAAUGUCUGAAGCUGAAGUUAUUAAUUACAUGAGACAAAUUUGUGAAGCUAUCAAGCAUAUGCAUGAAAGAAAUAUUAUUCACCUAGAUAUCAAACCUGAGAAUAUUAUGUGUCAGACACGAAAGAGUACCAAUAUUAAACUCAUUGACUUUGGAUUAGCAACCAAACUUGAUCCAAAUGAAAUUGUAAAGAUUUCAACAGGUACAGCAGAAUUUGCAGCACCUGAAAUCGUUGAAAGAGAACCUGUAGGAUUCUAUACAGAUAUGUGGGCUGUAGGAGUUUUAGGUUAUGUACUAUUAAGUGGAUUGUCGCCGUUUGCUGGUGAAAACGACAUUGAAACUCUAAAGAAUGUUAAGGCUUGUGACUGGGACUUCGACGAAGAAGCAUUCGUUAACGUUUCGGAAGAAGGAAAAGACUUUAUUCGCAGACUACUACUUAAAAAUAAAGAGAAACGUAUGACAGCUCAAGAAUGUCUGCUACAUGCAUGGCUCAGUGGAGACCAUAGCGAUAGAACUGAAGUUAUCGACCGAUCCAGAUAUAUCCGUAUGCGUGAUAAGAUCCGUGCUAAAUAUGAUGCUUGGGAUUCAUUUGCUCUACCAAUUGGACGACUUUCAGAGUACUCGUCACUAAGAAAACUAUUAAUAGACAAAUAUAAAAUACACGAUGCAUACUUCGCACCCAGAUUUGUCAUCAAACCACAAAGUGCAUUCUGUUAUGAAGGACAAAGUGUUAAAUUCUAUUGUAGAGUUAUUGGUGUUGCUGCUGCUACUGUCAGUUGGUAUCACAAUAACGUAGAAUUGAGGCAGAGCGUUAAGUUUAUGAAACGAUAUGCUGGAGAUGAUUAUUACUUUGUGAUAAACAGAGCUAGGCUCCAAGAUAGAGGAGAGUACAUUAUUAGGGCAGAAAAUCACUAUGGAGCUAGGGAAGAAGUAGUAUUCCUAAAUGUUCAACCAUUGCCUAAAGUUGUACCUGAAUACAAAUCAGAAGCUCCAGUUAUUAGACGAAGAGAGCCAUUACCAUACACGUUAUGGCGAGAAGAAAAAGAAUGUGCACCAAGCUUUACUUUCUUACUCCGACCCCGUGUUAUGCAAGAGCGUGAUACUUGCAAACUGUUGUGUUGCUUAAGUGGUAAACCAUUCCCGACAGUCAAAUGGUAUAAAGAAAAACGUGAGCUUAGCAAAUACGAAUAUUCUAUGUCUCACUCUGAUGGUGUAAUCACUAUGGAAAUCGUCGGAUGCAGACCUUCCGAUUCUGGAAAAUACACAUGCGUUGCUACCAACGAACACGGCGUAGACGAAACAUCUUGUGUAGUUAUUGUAGAAGGACAAAGCAGCACACCAGAACAACAAGAACUAGCCAACAAAUUACUCUAUUCAGGAGACAGGAAGUACAUUGAACAUCCAAUAAAGCCAGCUCCAAUUCCUGUAACUGUACGAAAACCAAUACCUUCAUCAAAUCCUCACCCUCUACAACCGAAAUCUAAUAAUCCUAGCACAAAUAGUUUAGCGCAUUCUUCAUCCACACUCAGUGUCGGAGAUGGAGACAAAAGGACGCCUAGAAAAUAUGGUAGAUUAGAUUCUACUGGAAGUCCAAAUAGAUCAAGAAGCGCAACUAAAGAAUUAGCACUGCCUGAUGACUCAACAAUGUACGCCCCACAAUUUACCAAAAAUCUCACAGACUUAACAAUUAAUGAUGGUGAAAGUCUAACUUUGACCGCACACGUAAAGGGAGAUCCAGAUCCCCAAAUUGUUUGGACCAAAAAUAGCAAAGUUUUGAGUUCUUCUGAAGUUGUUGACCUUAAAUAUAAGAACGGAAUAGCCAAAUUGCACAUAAAUGAGGUUUACCCUGAAGAUGAAGGAGAAUAUGUGUGCAGGGCAACGAACUCUAUAGGAACUUCUGAAACCAAAUGUAAACUGACCAUUAAACCAAUGUCCAAUGCCACCAACGGCAAGAAAAAAUCUUCAGAAGACAAACCUCCAAGAAUAGUAGACCAUUUGAAAUCAGCAUUUGUAGAUGAUGGCAAGCCAGUAACUCUAUCUUGCCGCAUAAUAGGAGCUAACAAAUUUGAUGUGAUCUGGUUACAUAACAAUAAAGAAAUUAAACCAUCCAAAGACUUCCAAUAUACCAACGAAGCAAACAUUUACAAAUUAAUCAUUGCAGAAAUUUUCCCUGAAGAUUCUGGUGCAUACACUUGUGAAGCAUUCAAUGACGCUGGAGAAAGUUUUAGCAGUUGUACACUAAAUGUUCUUGUUUCAGGGGAACAGCCCAAGAGCCCCGUUUUCAAAACAUUCCCGAUUUCCGCCACGGUAUCUGAAGGUGAAUCAGCAACCUUCGUAGCUGAGACAGAAGACGAACCAUUACAGAUAAACUGGUUGAAAGAUGGAAAAGCCAUAAAAGAAAGCAGCGCCAAAUACAACUUCACCGCUGACGGAAAACGCUACACAUUACAAAUCUUGUCUUGUAAUUCCAACGAUAUUGGACAAUACCAAGCUAAAGCAAUUGGAAAGAAGGGAGAAACAUUCGCGGCCUUUUCACUCAACGUAGUACCACCUAGUGAAGUCUAGAAAUACUUUGACCGCGCUAUCAAAACGCUGACUAACGAACGACUUGCUCCAAAAUUGUAUUGACGUACUAGUAUGUGUAAAAUUAUAUAUUUUUAAUUAAGUGUUUUAUAUGAAUCUUUGGUUGUUAAUUACUCCGUUUUGUACAUUAAUUACCAUCGGCAUCCUCUACUUAUAACAUCCACCCUUUUGGUAAAGACUAUACAAAUGAGUAAUUACCGACAACUUAUUGACAUCAAGCGACUUUUUCAUUGUUUAUUUUCGAUAGAAGGAGCAGAAUUAUCGAUUUUUUAUUUUACUGGUAUGAUAUGAGAACAUUUAUUUUAUUUAGUGUGAAAGAGCUUAGGCCAUUUUUCAUCAAACCAUCUUUAUUAAUUAUUUAAGUCUCAUAAAAACGAACAUGUUGCUUUUGCAAUGCCCAAUCAAAAUUGUACCAUAUUAUGUUAACAAGAAAAAAUAAAUAUUAUUUUUUAAAAACGUU